GCCACUCGUCCAUCAUCCCAAUGAGAGGUAUAACCUUUUGGAAAUUCGCCCCCACUCCCCCCUAACCCUAAAUUCAAAGCCAGCCUCACUGGGACACGCGAUUUUCCCAGGCUCAUGAAGCGGAGCAGCACAAGGGGCUCGGAAAACUGUCACCCUUCUCUUUCUACUUGGCCUGCGACAGGAGGAUACUCCUCCAAUUCUUGCCAGAAAAGGAGGAGGCAGACCUGGCAGUCAACAGGGAAAAGAAGCCUUGGCCGCGAAGGAAGACGACUUGUCCACGCGGCCAGAGAACUCACCGAACAAAGCACACCAUGGACCGGGUGGGGAAGCUCAGAAAAAGGAGGAAAGAUUCACACCAGUUCUUCCCACUGCCUGGGACAAGAGACAGGUGAAGUCGGGGUCCUCCUUAGGAAAAGAUGGGUUUUCCAGGGGCUAAUCUGAACUCCAGCGCCAAAGCAACCUGAACCGCGACCCCGACUAGAGAGAACACCGGAAAAUAGGGGAGAUGAGCGUGCGGAGAGAAAGGAUGGAGUGGUCGCGGUCACUGCGGGCCCCGCGAGUGGCUGGGUCUCGCUGGAACCGGGCGUAGGAUGCCCUUAGCGAGGAUGCCGGUGGCGCGCAGCCCGCCGCCCCGACUGGGCCUCCCAGGCGCCGCCGCCCGCCCCCUCGCACCCGCGCCCCGGGCGGCCACACAAAGGGGAUGGCGAGGCGCGCCAGCCGCCGGGAGUCGGAGGGGCCCGGGACCAAGUGGCCGUACCGCGACGCUUGCCGCACCCCCGCCUUUGUCUGCCUCGCUCAGCACCCUGCCCCCGCCGGGGAGCCCCGAAGCCCGCGGCGCCCUCACCCUGCUUGUUACCCGGAAACGGGAAGCCACAGGAAGAAGACUCUCACCAGAUAUAGCCCUUCGACCUUAAACUUCCCAGCCUCUAGAAAUGUGAAAGAAUAAAUUUCUUUAUAAAUUA